GUCGGGCCUGGGAGCCCACGAGGAGCAGGGUGGGCUCCCAGGGAAGCAGGGCAACAUCGGCAGGCAGGGGCGUUGGGCCUGAGCUAGGGCUGCAGAGGAGGGGAGCCAGACACUCAUCCCGGGAACUUUUGGUUUCAGGACGUGGCGGCUGGUCGGACACGGGGAAGCUGCUGGGCAGGGCUCGACCCCAGACCUGGGCAGUGGAGGUGUAGCUGGCAGCCGUGGGCAGGUGAGGACCGCCAUCUGCCGGGCAGGUGAGUCCACUUCCCUCCCUGGGCCUCGCUGCGCUGGCCUUCUGGAUGGAGGUUGGAGAGCGAGGACCUGCAAGGAGAAGUGGCUGUCCUCCCGGCAGAGCGGCAGGAGGAAGGCAGGAUGGUCAGCACAGGUGACAUCUUCUCGGGGGGAGCCGAGACGGAGCGAGACUGGGGGGCCCAGGGUCCAUUCCAGGUGGAAAGAGCAUUUUGAGUGGGCAGGAUAGAGAAGGGCUGCCAGCAAGGAGCGAGGCUGCUGCCUCCAGGGAGGUGACAGGUGACCUGGGGGUGGUAGUGGAGUCUGUGGGGAUCAUCUAGCACUGUGGGAGUAGCCCAGGUCCAGGUCGGGCAGGGCGAGGUGGGGUCACAGGAUACAGAGGGGUCCCCAGCCGCCACCACAUCCCACCCACCGUAAUUCAUCUAGGAGAAGGUGCAGAAGCGGCUCUGGCGGGUCUCCAGAGGCCUGUGCCAGAGCCUCGAAGGCCGGAGAGCGGGAAAGAAGGGCAGUGCGCGGGCAGCACAGAAGGACGUCACCUGGGGGGAGCGGUGGUCGCGGGUGGCGGGCUCCGGAGAGAUAUCGCAGCAAGGAGGCUGCAGCGGGCCCAGCCUGCGGAUGCACCGUUCCCACGCGGCACUGCGGCCCAGAGGCUGGCGCGGAGAGGGCCCACAGUGGACUUGGUGACACUGUAUGCCCUAACCGCUCAGCCGCUGGGUCUGGCAUGGCAGACAGGACAGCACCAGGGGAGCCAAGGGCAUGGGCAAGGCCAGACAAGGCGAGACGGGCGGGGUAGAGCGAGUGAGCUCUCUAAGGGGGGAGUCGGGGCAGGCAGGUGAGGGGCCACCAGGCGGCGAGCCAACGAGGCACUGGCCUCCAGAGCCCGUGGCCAAGGCGGGCAUCACGGGCAGCGACGGAGCAGUGAUCGGUGCCUUCAAGCUCAAGACUGGAGACAAGGGUCUCCAGCAGGGGUGCACACGCCAGCCCCCGAAGGCCAGGACGCCAGGCGCAGGGAUGUACUGGAAAGACAUGACAUGGUCCGGUGUGACGGCGAGGACAGAGGGACUGCCGUCCGGCCUUCGUGAACACUCUGGCUGGCACCACGGGGCUGGCUGCCACAGAAGGGUCUGGUCCUUUGCUUUUCCGAAAGAGUCAACACACCACUGCUGCUCUCUGGACCCCCUAGAACCCUCAAGAUGUAAAGAAAUGGUGCUACCCAGCUCACGUCUGGGCCUUCAACUCCGGGGACUUCUUCAAGUCCGUCUAGCUCUGGAUCAAGAAUAUGCUGCGUUUGGGAACCACUGCAUACCUGACUCAGGAAUCGGCUCUGGAGGUGGAGCUGAAGGACCAGGCCUGUGAACACCAAGGCAGAACAGACCCGCAGCACCCGCCGCCAGCCAAACCCCAUCCUCGUGGCCACCCCAC